AUCAAGCUGCGGCUCAUUUCCACAUGAAAAUAAGGAAGUGUGGGGUGUGCGCUGGAUUUAUUUUUCUCGUUGGACGGGUUUGUGGUUUAUUUAUUAUGCUUACGUUUGGCCUGACACUCAUUCGACAUGGUGAAACUCAGUACAAUAAAGACAGACUGCUGCAAGGUCAAGGUAUUGAUUCUUCCUUGUCAGAAACGGGACUAUGGCAAGCGGAGGCUGCUGGCCGGUACCUGCAAGACCUUUGCUUCACCAACGUUUUUGUCAGCAAUCUGCAGAGAGCCAUCCAGACUGCAGAGAUCAUCUUGAAAAGCAACGUGCACUCUGCUGGCAUUGAGAUGGUGUUGGAUCCUUUGCUCAGAGAGAGGGGAUUUGGCAUGGCUGAGGGGCGGCCCAAAGAAGACCUGAAGAAGAUGGCGAACGCAGCAGGCCAGGCCUGCAGGGAUUUCACACCACCAGGUGGAGAAUCUCUUGAGCAGGUGAAGACUCGUUUUUGCAAGUUCCUCAAGUCCAUGUUCCAGCGCAUGCUAACUGACCACUGUCUCAGUCCGUAUCCCAGUUCUAGCCCAGAGUUUCCCGAAUCGUCUCUGCCAACAGUUGCAGGACUCACCAAUGACGGGGUUGAGAACUUGCGCGCCCACGCGUUAGUGGUGAGCCACGGUGCCUUUAUCCGCGUGGCAGUGCGUCACCUGGUGGAUGGUUUGCACUGCAGCCUGCCUGAGGGGCUGAAGAUGAGCCAGGUGUACUCGGCCUGCCCCAACACGGGUAUCUGCAGGUUCGUCAUCACACUUCAAAUGGAGCAGGACGUCCCAAGACCUAUUGCGCUGCACUGCAUCUUCAUCAACAGGAAGGAUCAUCUCAUCAGCCUCAAAGACUAGAGCUAACAACCACUGCACAGAGUUCAGAGACGCACUAAAAUUCCCGUCAUUUAGAACUCUAAGGAAAAGCCGUCUUCUUGCUAACUAUGCUGAGAGAGAGAGUGUUUUUUAAGCAUGUGAUCAGUAUUGUAUUGUAUUUUUUAUUAUUUAUGGUCCUGAGAUUUCUGUCACAAAAUAUGCACAAGCUGGUUUCUAGCUGGUAUUCUUCUGAAACACUAUUUAUUAGGAUCUGUAUUUUUACUGAACUGUAUUAUUAAGGGCAAUGACGAGUUCUGAUCCCAGUCGAGCUUUGAUUUUUCUCUUGGACUGAUCAGAUGCACUUUAUAUUCAAUGUAUAGAAUUUUUCUUGUGCAAAAAAAUGGUCUAAAAUUAUCCUCUGCUAUACAGAAUAAAGAGUGAUGAACAGUU